AUGUACGACGGCGAUAGCUGGCGGCCAGAGAGCGCGAUUGAUGGGCAUCCGUCAGGUUCCAGCAGCGACGAGCAGGAUGGGCCCAGCGACGGAAGCGAAGACGACAGCGGCGACACCCGAACAGCGUCCGGCUCAGGUCGAUCUGCCGACGAGGACUCGUCGGAGGACGAGACGGGGAUCAACGGCGGCAGCGACAUCGAAUCGAUAGAGAUGCCUGUAGCCAUGUGGGACUUCAAUCAUUGCGAUCCGAAGCGCUGCAGCGGCAAGAAGCUGUCGAGACUCGGACUGAUCAAGGAGCUGCGGGUGGGACAGAAGUUCCGAGGCGUCGUGCUGACUCCAAAUGCAACAAAGACACUAUCUCCGGCAGAUGCCGACAUCAUCCGCGAGAACGGUGUGGCCGUCGUCGAGUGCAGCUGGGCGAGGCUCGACGAGGUGCCGUUUGGCAAGCUCAAAAGCCCGCACGAGCGGCUUUUGCCGCACAUGAUCGCCACCAAUCCGGUCAACUACGGCAAACCGAUGAAGCUCAACUGUGUCGAGGCCCUCGCGGCGGCCUUCUACGUUUGCUCGAUGCCGGCGCAAGGGCGCUUGCUGCUGUCCAAGUUUGGGUGGGGAGAGCACUUCCCGCACAUCAAUUCUCGCUGGAUCCAGGCGUACCAGGGUUGUUCGAGCGCCGAGCAAGUCGACGACCUGGCACGCAGGAUGGUGGAAGAAGAGAGGCUGGAAAAGGAGGCGGACAAGAAAGCAUUCAAGGAAAGCGGCGGUAUCCAGGGCAGUCUGGACCGCGACGUGCUGGCCUCGGUCGGAGGGGCCAAAGAUGCCGAGGAGGAUCGAAGCGAAGAGGAGGCAGAGGAGACUCGAGCGUUGCAAGACGACUUUUCCACAGUCGUCCGCAUCACUUCCUGA